AAUUUCUCUGAAAACUUGGCCCUUGGGAAAACUCGAAAACUUUUAGUUUUAUAAUAAAAGUUCGAUGUUUAACUUUUUUGGUUUCGCGUUGUCUUUCGAAACGGGUUCUAGUUUACUCUUGCUCCCGAUGCUUAAGGAUUUAAUCAGCGUGCUGCUUAUUUUGUGCAUAGGAUGAGUGCCUGAGAUUUGCGAAAUGCGUUCAUGAUUUCGGCAAGCAACAUUAGUAAGGAACCAAACCGGAUCCAGUGCGCGAGUCUUCGUAGUGCGCGUUUAUAUUCGCGUCGGCAUACCACGUAGUACUUACGAUGGUGCUUACGCUAUUCCGCAAAAUAUUGUUUAAUGGUCGGCUUCUGGAUCAAGUUCGCCAUGUGAGGAACAACAAGGGGUCUUGGAACUUUUUACGAAUGUUUCCAACAAAUCACAGGAGACUGUACGGGCUUGUGGCUUCACAUGGACGCUUCUACGCUAGCUCAUCUGCAGUAUUGGCGACAUCCCCGAAAACUGCUGGACAGAAUGAAAUAAAAGUGGUGUUCAAGAAAGACGGGAAGAUUUACGAGGUUUAUGGAAAAGAAGGCGACACAUUAUUGGAUGUUAUCAUCAAUAACGAGCUAGAUUUUGACGGAUUCGGUGCAUGCGAAGGAACGCUAGCAUGCUCCACAUGUCAUGUUGUCCUGAAGAAGGAAGAUUACGACAGGAUACCGAAUAAACCAUGUGACGAAGAACUGGAUAUGUUGGACCUCGCCUACGAUCUCACUGAUACAUCCCGUCUUGGCUGCCAGAUACAAAUUUCCAAGAGUCUUGAAGGUCUGGAAGUGCUGAUACCAGAUACACGGCACGAUGCAAGAAGUUAGAUGCUAUAUAUUUUUGUUUUGUCGUUGAGCGCUUCAUUCUGUUGCAGUUAGUAUCCUGACUCCUGAUUGUUCAGAGUUCGGGUUGAUUGAUUUUCCGGUUAUUGUUAACAGAUCUGUGAAAGUAUACUAUGAUGCGAACUAACGGAACGUGCCUUAAAAAAUCAAGCUGUUUUUAAAACUUUGAGGCUUUUGAUGUCGGUAUUUGUUGUAGAUAUACAACACUUAAUAAAAUGUGAGGAGGAGAUCGCUG